UAAUAUUUUUCUGAAACAUUUGUACCUCAACUGUAUUUUUGACAAUGGAACCUAAUUGAACAAAUGGACGCUGAAGUGAACGAAGCAAAAGUAAAUCAAUAUUUACGGAAAAUGUAUUUUUUGUGACUAUUUUAAAUAUUAAGUACGAUUUGUCUUCACGAAACGGCAUCUAAUUGUUUAAAAAUGAAGCAAAUUUUACCGUAUUUUUGGUUCUUCAUUUUUACUCAGAGCAUAGUGUGUAUGCCUUUUGACAUGCCCGAUAUAGAGAUAGAUGAGCCGGGAGAUUUGGAAAGUGAUGUUGAGUAUGGUGAUUGGUUUGAAGGUGAUAUGGAAUUAACAGAUGAACAACUUGCGGUGAUUUUUGGAGAUAAAAACGUAAUAGUUGGAGAAAAUUAUAGAUGGCCCAACAACAAAGUUCCCUAUGUUUUGUCUGAAAAUCAUACAACGGAACAGAUUGAUUUAAUCUUACAUGCUAUGCGAAAAAUAGAAAAUGUUUCAUGUGUUCAAUUCCAGAAACGAAGUGAUGAAACCGACUACGUGCAAUUUGAAGCAAACGAUAAUGGAUGUUACUCAAGUGUAGGUCGUCGGGGCGGAAAGCAGAGGUUAAAUUUGAAAAAGUCCGAAACAGGACAAGGAUGUUUCGUUCCUGGACGCAUAAUGCAUGAACUUUUACAUACUCUUGGAUUUUACCACAUGCAAAGUGCUGCCGAUCGUGAUGACUACGUAACCAUAAAUUGGGACAAUAUUGUAGCCAAUAAAACAAACAAUUUCAAAAAAUAUGAUUCAUCCAUUGUCGAAAAUUUCAAUAUUACCUACGAUUUCGGAAGCAUUAUGCAUU